CGAAACUGCAAUGAUAAGGAUUUCAGGUUAAAUUAUAUCUUGACAAACAAUUCACAAAUCGGGGCAUUAUAAUAACAACGUAAAGCUGUUCGAAGUGGUAUCAACUAUAAUUAAUUACCUAAUAUAUAUAGUUUUAUUUGGAAGAAAAUAUUCUUUCAGUCUCUAUUUUUUUUAGAUAAAAUUUUAAUUUCAAUAUGAAAAUUCUAAUCACAAUUUCUACUUUAGUGCUUAUUGUAUUUGGGAACAUCAGUUGCCACAGUAUCGAUGCAUGGAUUGUGGAACUGCCAGAGCGUAUUAGGAACCUGAUCAGAUAUGGAGAUGUUGACAAUGGAAUACCAGUUUUGGAUCCUUACGAGUUUAAGAAGAAGCAACUGCACUUAACCUCUGAGACGCUAACAUCAUCACUUUUCAGCGCCAACAUAAAUACAACGAAUGGAAAAUUCACUGGUUUAGGAGACUUCAAAUUGCAAGAAUUUAACUUUACUAAAAGCGAAAUCGCCAUGGAAGUUAACAUUAACAUUCCUUUACUGAAAUUUUAUUCAGAAUAUUACGAAUUAGAUGGUAAUAUUUAUGAAGCCAUACCUGUAAGAGGGCAAGGAAUAGCCGAUAUCGAAAUACAUAACAUAUCGCUGAAAGGGAAAAUAUAUUUGAAACAGUCUUCAGAUGGUAAAUCCAUCUUGCUGGAUAAGAUUGUGGACCCUCAGUUCUCUAUAGAACGUAUUGUGUCUCGAACGCAGUUCGACAAUAACAUAGAUGACGUCAUCAACGCCAUGGUGGAAGAUCUCUUGGCCGACUACUUGACGCGUUUUAAUAAAUUCAUAGCCUACCAGUACGUCGACAGCAUCGUGGAACACCUGAACCCUACCUUGAACAAGUUCGAUACCUGGAAUGUUAUCACCAUCUUGCUAAACGAUUAAAUACAUUGAUA